AUGGUUGCUAGGGAAAAAAAUCAAGACAAAUCUUCAGAGGAAAUGGAGGGAAAAUUGUCUCAAAUACAGGAACAAUUGCAGAAGUUAAUGGAAUGUAUGGUGAAUAUCAAUGAUAGAAAUGUACAGACAGAUAAGGAAUUAAUGGAGUUGAAGCAAGCCCUAGGAAAUGCGAAACAGAAGGACAAGGAGAUGGAUCAAAAUAGAGAUGAAUCAUUUGUGGGUGGAAACAGAGAACAGGGGUUUUGCAAUGCAGCUGGGAAUUUCCAAAAUUCUAAUGGUAAAUUUCUUACCCGAUGUUCUAAACUUGAUUUUCCUAGAUUUUCGGGGUCGGAUUUGAGGGCAUGGUUAUAUAAGGUGGAUCAGUUUUUUGCCAUAGAUGAAGUUCCAUAUGAUCAGAGGAAGUCUAGGAACUCAGUUAUAGACCCUUCUUGGUCUGAGUAUGUGUUGGCUGUUAAUGAAAGAUUUGGGGAAGAAUUUGAAGAUUCCAUGGAAGCACUUAAAAAUCUACAACAAACUGAGGAUGUUCUAUAUCAGGCUGAGUUUGAUAGGUUAUUGAAUGGUGUUAAUUUGUCAAACGAAAAUGCUGAAGCUAAGUUGCAGGAAGAGGUUUUUGAUGCUCAGGCUAAGUCUUGGGGAAUUAGAAAUAGCAGGAAUCAGAAUGGUCUUCUCCCUACUCCAUCUAGGUUUCAGGGUGUACAAAAACCUACUUUCUCUAGCAUAACUAUCAAGAAACCUUAUGAACCUAAUGCUAACAGGUUCAAUAAUGGUAAUACUGGUAGAAGAUUAUUGACUGCUGCUGAGAUGAAUGAGAAAAGGGCUAAAAAACUAUGCUUCUUGUGUGAUGAGAAGUAUAUGCCUGGGCAUGUUUGUAAAUCCAAGAAACAAUUAUAUUUGGUUGAAGUUCUGGAGGAUGGGGAGGUAAUCAUGGAGGAAGAUGUGUUAGAAGUGGAUGAGUGCAUGACAAUUUCCUUACAAGCAUUUACUGGAAGUACAGGGUAUCAAACAAUUAGAGUAACUGGAUACCAUGAAAAACAACCCUUACAGGUGCUUAUUGAUACAGUUAGUGUGGCUGAUGGUAGGAAGGUUCAAACUGCUGCAGUGUGUAAAAAUCUGAAGUGGUUACUGCAGGGUACAACUUUUUCUUCUGAUUUCCUACUACUACCAUUAGGGAAUGUUGACAUAGUGCUGGGUGUGCAGUGGUUAAACACUUUGGGUAGGAUUUUGUUUGAUUUCAGAAAUAGAACUAUUGAGUUUGUGCAUUUGGGGAGGAAACAUGUUUUAAGGGGAGCCAGUAGCCAGAUCAAGACCACCAAGACCCAAUCCUUAAACAAAAAGAGUGUUGAUUUAGUUCAGGUCUUUAUGCUAACCUUGGUGACAGAUGCAACCUCUAAUGUGCAAAGCAACAGUAUACAAGUAACUCAAGGUACUGAUAUUCAUCCUACAUUAACUGUUUUAAUGGAACAGUACAAGUGCCUCUUUGAUAUGCCUAGUAGAUUGCCCCCUUAUAGAGGCAUCUUUGAUCACAAAAUACCACUCAUUGACUCAGCUACUCCUGUUAACAAAAGGCCUUAA